AUGACCACAAAGAUUCAACACGCCCUAGAUGAACUCGAUACCAUGUUCGAAAAUACACAUCCAACGCUACCCAAUAUUGAAGAAGAGUUCGCACAGUACUCAAGUACUGCCGAAGAAGGUAUUGGCGAUACUUUCGAAUACCUUGUACUUCUCCAUGCUCGGAUCCAUGGCUUCAAGGCUCACGCCGAGCUUCUUAACACAUCCCACAAGCCCUCCACUACGAACGAACAGUGGCAAAGAUAA